AUUAUAUCAAUUUUAAAUCAAGUGAGAAUUUUUUUGGUAAAACCCGAAAAAACCGAAACCGAACCGAAACAAACCGAACCAAUCAAACCGUGGUUCCAAGUUUUGGAGUGUAAAACCGAACCGAAACCGAACUUUUUACUUUGAUUCUAUAUUUGGUUUUAGGUUAAAACCGAACCGCAAGAACCGAACCCACCCCUAAUUAUAUAUGCCCUAUGCAAGGCUUUUCAGGAGGUUAUCAAUAAAAUUCAGAUUUAUUAGCUAAAUUAGCUUAGGCAAUGGAUUUACCCUCGAUUGUAAUUUUUAGUGACAACAACUUGGUCCGACAUCUCGGAUCUCAUCCCGUUGGAAUGACUAGAUCAAACACUAAUCGUAUAACAAAGGUAGAAGCUGAGCAAGCCCUGAUGAACUAGAAGCUUGAUGUGCCCGGGUGGAAAUUAGAUGCAUAGGCUAUCUAGCUUGCCGAGAUUGCAGCUUCACUCCGUGCACUCACGAAGGCCAUGGCACCACUGGAAAAAGAGCCCGCGUCCGAGAUUGCAGCUUCACUCCGUGCACUCGCGAAGGCCAUGGCACCACUGGAAAAAGAGCCCGCGUCAACCAGCGACGCCGCAUCAGGACACACUAUCGACAGUGGGUGGCGCAACACGGCGACCACCUUGUUGCCCUCGUUUGACGACUAAGACCCCAUCAGAUGGAUGUUCAGGGCUAAACAACCAUUCAAACUCAAUCAAACAGCGCGAGGAAGAAAAAUUGCAGCCGCUAUGGUACCCAUGGAAGGGGCUGCCCUGUAGUGGUUAACCUGGUUAAAGGCACGGAACCGGACAUGACCUGGGAGGAAUUCACACAAGCACCGGUUGCCCGAUUCGAAUGGCUGUCCGAGGUUAAACAGAUGGGAACCAUAGAUGAAUAUAAUACCCUUCUUGUUCAAUUGACCAGUCAGGUUCCCAGACUGUUCGAUGAUUAUUAUUUAGGAUAUUACAUGAAUGAGCUGAAGGGACCAAUGCGAGGCUCCCUACGUCUAGAUAAUCUCGAAACAGCUAUGGAAUUAGCUAGGGAUAUCGAGGAUACUCUGUCCUGUCAAAAUGAAGGGGAAGUCAAUCUUAUAAUUCAGAACGCGUUCGAGCAUUACUGUCGACCAAGAAUGGGCCUAUAUGUAUCCUCAAAAGGCAACAACAUGCGGGGGUCUACUGACAGUUUUUCAAAAGCUACCGGACAAGCCACAAGACCCACUUCAGGGCAGUCCGGGCAAUCCACUGCAUGCUCUAGAUUCUCAUGACUGCCGUUUAAGCAAUUAAAGGUAAUGCUAGCGGAGGAAGAUGAUGAGCUGGACUUGAGCACAAUUACUUUGAGAUAACCAGCUAGGAGGAAAUUGCGGAGGAUCAGGACAUCAUGGGAGAUGAUAGGGGAGACUUUCCCAUCUAUGCUAUUACUGGAAUUUUUAGUCCGAGAACCACCUUUUCAAGGCUAGGUAGGAAGCCAUAAAAAGUUUUGGGUUUUAGAAAUUUUGUGAUUAUUAAGUAUUUGUUCUAUUUGUAUAUAAUUACACUACCAAACCUUAUAAAAAGGUAAACCCAAUAAUAGUAUUAGAUAUUUAGAUCCAAUCAUGUUAGAUAUUCCAUAUGAAAUUCAUAGAUGUAUGCAAAUAGGAUAGUUCUCAGAUACGGUUCCAUACUGCUAGAAGUAGGCGGUAGCAUUUCAUUAAUUGUUUAUCAGCCAUUCAGUCAAAAACAAAAAUUUUGGCAUAUAUGGUUUUAAAAAUAAAUUAUUUUUAAAACAUAAGUAGCAUUUUAUUAUUUGUUUAUGUAAAAAUGACUUUCAUUGAUACGUUAUUUUUCAUAUUCAUAAAUAUCCUUUUUUUUUGCGAUAUUUAUUUAAGUUUAUUGAAUGUGCAUGAUGCGAAUAAGAUUCAGAACACUAAGAAAAUGGGAUUUUCUUUACUUUGUAGUGCUUCGUAGUUCACAAUCGAAUUCGUUGCGUUGCACCGUUGCACGUGAGGAUGUGAGAGACUUAGGAUGUUUUUACUUGGAAUGUAAUUUGUCUGGUCUGAUCUGGUUUGGUCUGGUCUGGUAAGGUCUAUUUUUUUUGUAUUUUUAUAACUAUCCAAGUCUGGUUUGGUCUGGUCUGGAUUAAUCUGGUCUGGUCUGGGACAAAUUACAGUCCAAGUAAAAACAUCCUUAGAGAUCUCAAUUUUUGGGCUUAUCAGUCAAAUUUUUCACCAAACGUGUAAGAGUCUGUUUGCAAUAGUUUCUGCUUUUAAAAAGUGCUUUUUUUAAUGAAAUGUGGAGAAGUGAUUAAAGGAGUGUUUGAGUUUGUUUAAAAAAAGCGCUUUUCAGCUUUUGGCUUAAAAAAAGUUGAAAAGAGUGUUUUCAAAUGACAG